CUUGACAGUACAAUCCGUAUAUAAAAUCGCAGUAACUCUCUGACAGUUGUAUGAUUUGAAUCGAGGUUAACUUUAGCGAAUUUCCUUAUAGGCACAAUCUUAUUUCUCCUUCCUCCAAAGAUUAAAGGUGGAAUGAUCUGGAUUAAAAUAUACUUAUUUCUCCUAAAAAACAAAAAAAAAAUGUAAAUACAGAUUUGAGUGACUUCCAUUAAUUGUUAGUGCUGAAACUAAAGAAAUAAAUGUAAACUGUUCCUUUAAAAACUGCUCAAAAAAGGUUUAAUAUAAUAUAAAUAUCAAAUCUGUUUAACUGGCGGUUACGGUUAUCGUAACGUGAGUAAAUUUUAGCGCUGCUAGUUUGAUAACGGGUGUUAAACAGGAGUCCGGAGGUUAAAAGUUAGCAUGGCUGCUUAAGAUUAGCACUUAAUAAUGUAGCAUUGCAUUUUUUUUUAUUUAAUAUUUUAAAUCAUUGGCCAAUCUUUUACAUAUCAUGUCUGAGACAAGUCCAUCUGAGUGACUAACGAACACUCCUUACUAAAUUUAUAGCAUAAAAAGCAUCAAUUGUGGGCGUUUCUCAUGCUCACUGUCAUUUCCUGUCUUUUGUUCAUGUUUAGGAACCAUUAAAGGUGCAGUUUGUAAAAAAAAAAAUUAAAGUGUUUCUAGACACAUAACAAUCAUAUAACUUUAACAAAAUACAUCAGAAAAACAUAUUUGCUUUAUUGCAAUGCAGUGCAUCUGGCUAGUUUUGUUUUUUUUUUUCAUUUCAGGCUCCUAUUUGCAAUUUUUCUGGCCCUGAAAUAAGCUCCACCCCCAGUUUAAGCUCCUUAAUGAGCACCUCGAGGCAUUCGUAUCGUAUGUUUCAGCAGAAGGGGUGAGGUUUGGUUGAGGGUCAACUCACAGCCAGCAGAGGGCUCUAAAUAUUACAGACUGCUGCUUUAAUCACAUUUUCACCCAGCACUUAAAGCUUUGUAUUUAUAAGGUGAAUAGUUAAAAUAGCUCAGCAGAACUGGCUUAAGUUUUCUCUUCGCUAGAAAUAGACAGAUAACUCUGCACAGCGCGGUUGCGUUCUGGAUUGUGAUUGGUCAGAAGGUGUUGAUUAAUUUUCUAUAACAGCAGCUCUGUCAGUAGUGCGGGUUUGUUCUAAUACGUUAUCGUUUCCGUAGUAACAGCUCAUUCACAGGGAAUUGUAUGGUGGACUAUGUAAGUAUGAAUGGUUAAACAGUGUAAUUGUUGGUAUAUUGCUGUGGUAUAAGUGGAAUAAAACACUUGGGAAGGUGCUGUUGUAGGAAAGGAAUCAUUUUCAGGGUGAUAACAUUAACUCUGCUUCAUCUCACCAUCCUGUUAACUCUUAAUUCUAUAUAGACAGCCUUAGAAAUGUUGCGUAAAGGCAUCUGACUGCACGUAAACACAGUAACGUGACCAACACUACGUAAAGCACAGACGUGAAAACGCGUACAAUUGCAAGAACAUGAAUUCGUCUGACUGACUUUUGGCGCACGGCUGCUGUAAGGCUGAUUUCUGCUGUUGUGUGUGUGUGUGUGUGUGUGUGUGUGUGUGUGUGUUUUUCUUUCUUUUGUGGAGUGCGAUUACAGUCGGAAUGCCAUGAUGACUUAAGCAGAAGCGCCAUGCGGAAACGAGCAGUGUUCAGAGGCAUCACUCCCACGCCGACUGAGAGUCUGCAGCCGCUGGAGGAGAAAGGAGACGCAGAAGGUAACCCGGAGCCGGACAACACCUGAGAAACACACACAGGUCUAACAAAAGGAGCAGCUAUAACAUAAAGAGGAGGCCUCCAGCUGCCUGGUGCCCGUCUACCCCCCUGUAUCCCGUGUGCGCUGGAUUUAUUUAUUUAUCGUCGAGGGGGGGAGGAGGCUGAUAGAUCUCAGAGCAUGAAGCCCAGCUGCUGAGACGGCGCUCACACACACUCCGCUUACCCGGCUGGAUGUGUGUGUCCCUUGCCGGAGUCCAGAGCCGAAAACACCACGGCGGCCUCCCGGAGCCCAGCGGAGAUGCCCACCGAGACGCUGCCGCCAGAUAGCAAGGCGCUGGGCGCUGGUGGCGCCGUGGCAUCGGCCGUACCCCUCCGAAUCCUAAACAAAGGUCCCGAAUAUUUCAGACGAGCGGCCGAACCCAACCCAAAGCGCCUGAGUGCUGUGGAGCGACUUGAGGCUGACAAAGCCAAGUACGUCAAGAGCCAGGAAGUGAUCAACGCAAAGCAGGAACCGGUGAAGCCGCAGGUGCUCGCAAAACGGAGCCCGGGGGUGAGUUCUGCUCUCAAAGCCUCCAAUAAUAACGCCAAGUCAGACACCUGCGCCAGCACCAAGCGUGAAAAUCUCAACCUGGAGAUCCUGAAGAACCUGCUCAACAGCUCGUCUUCUGCAGAAGGACCUGCUAAAAGCUCAGUGGCCAGGAGCUGGGCUCCAGAAUCCGGGCAUCGCUCCUUUCCCGAGUCCCUAAAUGUCCCGGCUGCAGCCUUUCAGGGCCGGAAAAGCCCACAGAACCUGAACCUAAGUCGUGGACUUAUGGAGAACCACGGGGCCGAGAGCGAUCGUUUACCGCUCCAUGCCUCUCAGAGCUCCUCGGACAUCCGGCGGCUGUGUAACGGGAAGCCGUUCCGUUCGGGACGCAGCAGCAGCAGCAGCUCGGCUCCUCCACUGCCCCCAAAACCAAGUGCAAAGGCUUUAGGAAUCUCUGACAACACAAAAUGUCCCGCUGAAACGGAACUAGAAGCUCGUCGGCCCUCGCUGCAUCGCUCCAAAUCGGACUUGAGCGACCGCUUGGCUCGGUCCGGCGCAGAUGCCGAGAGGUUCUUCAACUACUGCGGCCUGGAACCUGACGAGCUCGAGGGUUUCGUCGAAGGCUUCGGACGCGCCAGCUCUGAUAUCGUAUCACUGAACUUCCGUAGCGCCAGCAUGAUCAGCUCGGACUGCGGCCGCUCGCGACACACCGACGACAACGACGACCUUUCCAACGAAGACGAGGAUGAGGAGGAGCGCGUCCCCUACGGGAUCUCUGCUGUCGAGCGCAACGCUCGCGUCAUCAAGUGGCUCUACAGCAUCAAGCAGGCGCGAGAAUCUCAGAAAGUCUCGCACGUUUGAGGUUUCAGAGAUCAUGAACAAGCUACAGCCUCUCGCGUAUCUCACUUCUGACUCGGUAUUUACUCGACGAUCAAGUGCACUGUCUUUAUCUUGAAGGAUUGACUGACGAAAAUAAAGCUGUUUGUAUUUCUUUAUAGGUUUACAGCUUUUUUUUUCUUUUUUUUUUCUUUUUUAGCCGCUUUCCAUGUCUUCAGAUUGUGCAUGACUUCCUCACACACAUACCCACGGCCUCCGGCUCGUCACAUGUCUGUCAAAAGGUGGCCGUUUUCCCGAACAGCUCCAGCAUCGAGUGGUUUAUCGUUCUGUUCUUUCCGCCUCUGUACGUCAGCUAGCUGGGUUUCGAUCUUUGUUUUCCGUCUGUGUUUGGGCGCACUGAGCCAGGAAGCCAUACGGGAAUGAAUGCAGAGCAUCAGUGUCUUUAGAUGUCUUUCCUUCCUUAGUUUUCUCUCUUUCCUUUUUUAAAUGUGUGUAUAUCAGUGUGUGUGUGUGUGUGAGAGAGAGAAUCAGUGUUGCAGAAGCAUGUCUGACCAGAAAACAACUUCUUUUCAAAAAUAAUGGCUUCCAUCGGGAUGGUUACGCACCACAUCAUGGUGUAGUUACUUCUGUUUCUGUUCGUCGUCCACAAUGCUCUUGUUACGAAGGUACUUAUUGUUUUGAUCAGUGUAAAUUCUGUAAGAUGAUGUAUAUAAUUUUGAAUUCCUUGUCAAAAGAAAAUAAAAAAAAGUAAAACAAGUAAAACAAAACAAAAAAAAACAACCCCUGGUGUUGUGUGAUGAAGAUCCUGCUAUGCUGUUUCCAUCCCGUAGCUCUUGCUUUGGUCUUUCUCUCGUUUUUUUUUUUUUUUCGGUUCGCAUCACCAGUCUGUGUCCAUGAUCGACUCUGUACAUCACUGUUCUUUAUAACAACAUUAAAUAUUAGGUAUAUUCCACCUGGAGUUGUUCCUUAAAGACUUGUUUCCGUUAGUUAUUUUUAAUUAUUUCAAUAAAUGGCUAAUUUGCCA